AUGGCACCACUCCACAAUGUUAAGCAGCUGGAGGUUUGUGAAGUCUCUCCUCCACCCGGAUCCAUCGCCGACGCCACUCUCCCUAUCACCUUCUUCGACGUCCUCUUCCUACAAUUGCCUCCGGUCCAACGCCUCUUUUUCUACCAAUUCCCACAAACCACCACCACAACCCACUUCGUUAACACUCUCCUUCCCAAAUUCAAACACUCCCUCUCCCUCUCUCUUCGUCUCUUCUUCCCUCUCGCUGGCCAUCUGACCUGCUCUCCCAACGGUAGCGAACACCAGAUACGCUAUGUCAAUGGCGACUCAGUCUCAUUCACCAUUGCAGAGUCCGACGCCGAUUUCCACCGACUCAUGUCCAACCACCCAAAAGAAGUAGCGGAAUUACGUCCACUCGUUCCUCAGUUGCCCGUUUCCGACCCUAACCAACCCCUACUAGCCUUGCAAGUCACCAUAUUUCCCAACUCUGGCAUCUGUAUCGGAACCUGCAUACACCACGCAGUCGCAGAUGGGAACAGCUCCAUGCAUUUCAUGAAAUCUUGGGCGUCGAUUUUCCGGUCCGGAGAUGAGUCAUUAAUCACGUCGCGGCCGUUCUAUGACAGGUCCGUAGUUGCAUAUCUCGACGGGCUCAAGAGACUGCGAUUAGACCAGAUGGCUAAUACCCAACUCCACCAGAUCGCAGAUAACAUGAAACCUCGAGCAACCCCAGUCCUAGCCACGUUUGUCAUGGGGCCAGCAGACAUCGACAACCUAAGGGAGCGGGUCUUAGCCCGACGGUGCGACGACAACCAGAAACCAAUACACUGCUCAUCGUUCGUGCUAACAUGCGCAUAUGUGUGGGUUUGCUUCAUCAGGUUAUCUGGGGAUAAUGACAGGGACAAAGACGUCCAUUUCGUCUUGACGGUGGACUGCCGAGCUCGGCUGGACCCGCCGAUACCCGCUACGUAUUUCGGGAACUGUAUCAGUUCUUGUAUAUGCCAUGUGAAGGGGAGCGACUUAGCGACGGAAGACGGAGUGGAACCCGCGUCGGAGGCCAUCGGGAGAGUAAUCCAAGCGUUGGAUGGCGGGGUCUUGAAUGGCGCGGAGACUUUUAUACCGGCGGUCGUUUCUAUGGCAGCUUCAGGGGAGCGCAUUUUAACGAUUGCUGGGUCACCCAGGUUUCGGGUCUAUGAUACGGAUUUCGGAUUUGGAAGGCCUGUAAAGGUGGAAGUGUUUUCCAUUGAAGGAAUGUCCGGUAUAUCUCUUGCGGAGAGUAGAAAUGAGGAACGAGGGAUCGAGGUUGGUGUGGUGCUGCCCAAAGGCGAAAUGGACCGUUUUGCUUCUCUGUUUGAGGAAGGUCUGAAAAGUCUCCGUAGCUGA